AUGAAACCCGUUUUCUCUUCUUCUUUUCACCCACACUUUUACCCUCCUCUUCCUCUGCUCCGCCGUCCAAGGUGGCCCCGGAUGAGCUUAUCCGCCACCCACCACUCCGAUCAAAACAAGACAAAGCUCGUUGUUAUCAUGGGCGCCACCGGCGCCGGGAAGUCACGUCUCUCGAUCGACCUGUCCGCUCAUUUUCCUCGCUCUCAAAUCAUAAACUCCGACAAAAUGCAGCUUUACAGCGGGUUAGAAAUAACGACGAACAAAAUCCCUAUGGAGGAGAGGGAAGGGGUCCCACACUUCCUGUUAGGGGAUUUCGACUCCAUCGACGCCGACGUGGCACCGUCGCAGUUCCGUUCGACGGCGGGUUUCGUAGUUGCCGAGAGUGCCUCUCGUGGGGGGCUGCCGGUUGUCGUUGGCGGGUCCAACUCGUUCAUACACGCUCUCCUUGUGGACGCCUUUGACCCCGGAGUGGACGUGUUUGCUUCCGAGUCGUGCUCAGUGAGUCACGCGUUGAGGUACGACUGUUGUUUUAUUUGGGUCGACGUGGCCUGGUCGGUACUCCGGGACUACUUAUGUCAACGAGUGGACGAAAUGCUCGACUCGGGGAUGUUGGAAGAGUUGGCUCAGUUCUACGACCCGUCAAAACAAGGUAUCCGUGUCGGGUUAAGAAAAGCAAUCGGAGUCCCGGAAUUCGACAAAUAUUUCAGCAAGUACCCUCCAUGGGAGACGGUAGAAAACGGGUUAGUCCCGCCGCCAGGCAACUCCGACACGGCGGAGAGGAGGGAGGCGUACGAGGAAGCCGUGAGAGACAUUAAAGACAACACAUACCGAUUGGCCAAGAGACAGACAGGGAAGAUCAUGAAGCUAAGAGCGGCGGGGUGGGACCUUACCAGAAUCGACGCCACGGCGGCGUUUCUAGCGGCGAUGAUGAUGGUGAAGAAGAAGAAAGACGAGUCACAUUCGCGGGAUGUGUGGGAGAGGGAAGUGGUGGGACCAAGCGUUAAAGUAGUUGAGAAAUUUUUGAACGGGUAGGUUUUUCAGCCAUAAUUUGUUGUUUUGU